AGCGCCUGCAUGCUCAAUGUUCUGCAAAGUAGACCCAGCAGGAGCAGACAGAGGAACCCUCCACUGGAUCCUCAUGCUGACAGCCAUCCAAUUCAAAACGCCUAUUCACUAGUGUGGACGUUAAACUGUGCGGCUCUGACAGGAUGGAUUUCUUAGACCGCGGUUACCUGGACGCGCGGUCUCCUUAUGAUUACACCUUUAAUUUUUGGAACGACUACCUCGGGCUGUCGACACUUGUCGCCAAAAAUAAGAUCAACAGUCCGCCCUUCAGCCCUAACUCUAUAACCGAGUCUCUUAAAGCGACUUUGGGACUCGAGGACGAUUCCCCGGUUUGCUCCUGCGUAAUUGGGCACGGCAGGGACACCAACGACGGACCCUUGGACUGCUACUGCGCGGCCCCGAGCUCCCCGCCAAUCUCCAUCUAUGAUCUCAAAGAGCGUAUCUCGCUUCUCAGGCCAUACGAACACCUCGCUAGUGAUUCGCAGCUGGGGGACAGAGAUUCCCCCUCGUACAAGGGAAGCUUCUCUGGCUUCGACCUGCUCGCCAUGGACCGAAGACGCAAACAGGCUCAGAGGGGCAAACCGGAGCCCAAAGUGUGCGUCUUCUGUCGGAAUAACGGCGCACCAGAGGAAGUUUACGGCACCCAUAUCCUGAAGACAGUGGACGGCAGAGUGCUUUGCCCCAUCCUCCGGGCGUACACCUGCCCCCUCUGCAGUGCCAACGGUGACAAUGCGCACACCAUCAAGUACUGCCCGCUUUCUAAAGACCAGCCGAGCCAGAGAGUGGCAAAGGGGGGCAGAGCGAUUGGCAAACGGCUGAAAAUCUUCUGAGCGAGCAGAUGAAGUUAAUGACGUUUGAGUGGCACUGUCUGAAAUUACUAAUGUCUGUGGCAGUAAAAUCGCUCCAUUUGACGCACAAGACAAGUCUGGAAAAAGAAAGAAACGAUCUGAAGAAAUAAGAUUUCUAUUCUUU